AUGAGGAUCAUUUGUUCCACCGAGGCGACAGCAUCAGAUGGUAUCGGAGCUGGGUGUCGGGGAUGUGCAGAGUAUAAUGGUGGGCGUGCAGAGUAUAAUGGUGGGCGUGCAGAGUAUAAUGGUGGGCGUGCAGAGUAUAUUGGUGGGCGUGCAGAGUAUAAUGGUGGGCGUGCAGAGUAUAAUGGUGGGCGUGCAGAGUAUAAUGGUGGGCGUGCAGAGUAUAAUGGUGGGCGUGCAGAGUAUAAUGGUGGGCGUGCAGAGUAUAAUGGUGGGCGUGCAGAGUAUAAUGGUGGGCGUGCAGAGUAUAAUGGUGGGCGUGCAGAGUAUAGUGGUGGGCGUGCAGAGUAUAAUGGUGGGCGUGCAGAGUAUAAUGGUGGGUGUGCAGAGUAUAAUGGUGGGCAUGCAAAGCGAGAAACCCUACAUAACAUGCCCGACUAG